AACUAAUCGAAUAGUCAGUACAAAUUGCAUCGACUAUUCGAUUAACCAGUUAAUCUAAAUUUAACAUCUCUACUCCUUAUACUGAGUUGCAGGUCCAUCUGAUGGUGAAUCUCUCUGUAAUAUGCUGGGGAAAAGUAGCACCUUCCUUAUUUUGUCCAGAUAAUAAAAAUAUGAAUAAAAGGAUCCACAUCUCUCUGUUUUCCAGGUAUUCCACACGUCACGAUACAGUCACCAUUGAGCCGAUUUACGAGAAUGGUACCACUUGUUCACAAAAAGCUUUGCUGUCUACUCAGUCUACACAGGCCACAAAGCUAAGCAGCGUUGUUAUAGCUGAGGAGCUUGUGACAGGCCAUUUACUACGUUGUGACAUCAUUGUCGAUAUGAUAAACAGUAUUGAAAUUAUCUCCCGAACCCGAGAAAUCUAUGUGGAAGAUUCUCCACUUGAGUUAACUGUGAGAGCUCUGGAUAUUGAAGGAAAUACAUUCAGUAGUUUGUCAGGAAUGAGAUUUGAGUGGAGCAUUGCUAAGGACGAUGACAUGGAAGGCUUAGAACUGUCUAGCAAAAUUAGGAUUUUGAAAUACUCUGAAGCAGAGUAUUCCCCACCAGACUACAUUGUGGAGAUGGAAACAGCAGAAAAACAAGGAGAUAGGAUUCUGGUAUCAGGCAUCAAAACUGGUGCAGCUGUCAUAAAGGUCCGAAUUCAGGAACCCGCUUAUAAGAAAGUAGCUGCUGCACUGGUACGUCUGUUGGUUCUGGAGAAUAUAUUCCUAAUACCAUCCUAUGACAUUUACCUUCUGGUUGGAGCCUACAUUAAGUACAAAGUUGCUAAAAUUGUACAGGGAAAGAUCACAGAAGUGGAGUUGCCUUUUGAAUAUUAUGAGCUUGAACUGCGUGACUCCAUUGUUGCACCUGGUGGGUCUGAUGUUAUUCCGGUAGCCAAACUGGAUGUGGACACAGUCACUGUGACAGCAAUUCAGCUGGGACAGAUUAGUCUGGUCUUUGUUCAUAAGAAUAUUCACAUGCGAGCUGCAUCUGGACUUCCAAACUGCACUAUCUAUGUGGUAGAAGCUGGAUUUCUAGGGUUCACUGUUCAGCCAGGAGACAGGUGGGUUCUAGAAGUGAAGCGAGCAUACACAGUCACUGUUGAAGUGUAUGAUAAAGCCAGCACUAAAGUCUAUUUAUCUGAUAACCUCAGGAUAACUCACCAGUUUCCAAAGGAAUAUUUUGAAGAAUUCUUAUCUUCUGAUAAUGGUUCUUACCAUGUAGUUCAAGUCCUGAAGGAUGGCAUCACAGUAAUAAAAGCUGCCCUGGUAUCUGUUCUUCUACAGACUGGCUCUGAAGAUUACUUACCUGUCCCAAUCAGCCAUGAACAGGAGGUGAAGAUUUACCUGCCCAUCAAGCUGACACCCUCCUUCCUCGCAUUUCCACACCAUCCCCUGGAAAUCUUGUAUCGGUACAAAGUUCAGGUAGAAGGAGGCAGUGGCAAUUUCACAUGGACCUCUUCCAAUCAGACUGUAGUCACAGUCACCAUAAAAGGAGUAGUGACUGCAGGAAUGGUCAGAGGGCAGAGCACAGUACAGGCGAGAGACGUGCAGAACCCCUUCCAUUAUGGAGAAAUACAGGUGUAUGUCCUGAAGCUGACGAAGAUGGAGAUUUUGCCAUUUCAUGCUGACAUUGAGAUUGGGCAAGUUUUGGAAGUUCCUCUCAUGAUGUACCACACCGAUAGGGAAACCAGGGAGACCAUUGCUUUUACUGACUGCUCCCUCUUAUCCCUGGACAUAGGCAUGGAUAAGCAAGGAGUCUUCAUACUUGCUGAAGAGGGUAAUCAGAAACCUGGCCUGGCCUUCUGCUCCAGCAUCCAGCUAGCAGCAAAGUCCCUGGGACACACGUUAGUCAGGGCGAGCGUUACAGUGUUCCAGGAGUAUUUCGAAACCAGUGCCACGUUUGCUGCUUAUGAGCCUCUCAAGGCUUUAAACCCAGUGCAGGUGGCAUUGGUGACCUGGCAGGCAGUGAAGCAGAUGGUAUUUGAAGGAGGGCCUGGGCCAUGGGUGUUGGAACCAUCUCGCUUCUUCCUGGAAUUGACUGUAGAGCAUGAAGGAAAGAUUGAGGUUACACAGGUCCGGCUGCCAACUACAAGGAAACAGAACCAGUACAUUUACCGGAUUUUGUGCCUGGAGCUGGGGGAGCAGGUGCUUACACUCCAAGUAGGUAACCAGCCAGGGGUCCUAAACCCCAGUCCUGCCGUGGAAACUGUGCAGGUGACUUUUAUUUGUGCUCAUCCAGCCAGUAUGUCUGUGACUCCAGUGUACAAGAUAGCUGCCGGUGCCCAGCCUUGCCCAUUGCCUCAGCACAACAAGCAGCUGAUCCCUGUGUCCAGUUUGAGGAAUACAGUUUUGGAGCUGGCCGUGUUUGAUCAACAUCGGCGGAAAUUUGACAACUUUAGCUCCCUGGUGCUGGAGUGGAAAUCAGCCAAUGAAACUCUCGCACGCUUUACUGACUCACGGUCCAUGCAGAUGGUAGCAAAGGAUGAUGGGAGUGGACAGACCAGAUUGCACGGGCAUCAGCUCCUGGAGGUGCACCACAUCAAAGGGACUGUUCUAAUUGGGGUCAGCUUUGUGAAGUAUUCACAGAGAGGCAGUCCAAGAGAAGUCACUAACUUGCCUACUUCCACAUCGGUGGAGUUGUUAUUGGUGGAGGAUGUGACGGUGGUGCCAGGCAAUGCCACUAUAUAUAAUCAUCCCGCUGUGAAGGAAAUAUUUGAUCUAGUGGAAGGGUCUGGAUACUUUUUGGUCAACAACAGUGAAAAGGAGACUGUAAACACUACCUACCGGGAAACAGAGAGUGCUAUUGAGAUCAUCCCUUUGCAGCCUGGAUCUCUAAUCUUGGAGGUCUAUGAUCUCUGUCUGGCAUUUCUGGGACCGGCUACUGUCUCUCUUCGUGUGUCUGAUAUGCAUGAAUUGGAGGUGGAUCUCAUUGAUAAGAUCGAAAUUGGCAAAUCUGUCCUCGCCAGCGUGCGCGUCCUUGGUUUCCAUCGACAUCCGUUCCAGAGUAAAUACUUCAAGUACAUGAAGCUGAGACUGCAGGCAGCAUCUGCCAUUGUUACACUUGUGCUAAUGGAGGAAGUGGGUGAAUACUCUGAAGUCUACAUGCUCCGAGCUGUUGCAGUCGGCCAGACAACGUUGGUGGCGACUGCCUGGGACAAGAUGGGAAGAAAAUUCACUUCUUCGCCUCGGAAGGUUGAAGUCUUUCCUCCAUUCAAACUCAUCCCAGAGGAAAUGACCCUCAUUCCACACAACAUGAGGCAGGUGAUGUCAGAAGGUGGCCCUCAGCCUCAGUCCAUCAUCCAUUUCUCUAUCAGUAACCAGACGGUGGCUGAAGUUAACCGCCUGGGCCAGGUGGUGGCUAAGGCUCUUGGAACAGCCACGAUACAGGGUACCAUUCAGGCGGUCAGUGAAGACACAGGAAAAAUAAUUGUUUUCUCCAAGGGCCAAGUGGGACUGCAAGUAGUUCAGCUGAGAGCAGUAAGAAUCCAUGCACCUGCCACUAGGCUUAUCACAGCCACCAAGAUGCCUGUUUACGUCAUGGGGCUGACCAGCGCGCUGACUCCGUUUGCCUUUGGCAAUGCCAACCCAGGGCUGAAAUUCCACUGGUCGAUGAGCAAACGGGAUGUUCUGGACCUUCUCCCCCGACACUCCGAGGUCUCCCUGCAGGUCCUACCUGAGAAUAACUUUGCCAUGGUUGUACACACUAAGGCGGCUGGGAGAACCAGUAUUAAAGUGACAGUGCAAUGCCUGAAUGUAUCUGCUGGCCAGUUGGAAGGAAACCUCGCUGAACUCUCUGAUGAAGUACAGAUAUUGGUGUUUGAUAAGCUUCUACUUUUCUCUCCUGAGUGUCCAACAGAGCAGAUUCUGAUGUCCACAAACUCACAGCUCAAGCUGCAUGCAAACAGGGAGGGGGCGGCACUUGUGAGCUCUCAAAUCCUGCAGUGUUUCCCCAACUCUUCUGUCAUCGAGGAGCACGGCCAGGGGCUGCUGAGAGCAGGACCCGUAACAGGCACUGCAGUGCUUGAAGUGACAUCUCUAGAACUUUUUGGAGUCAACCAGACGAUCCUAACUGGGGUCCGGGUGGCUCCUGUGUCAUACUUGAGGAUAAGCACCAGCCCUCAGCUCUACACGACUAGCAGCACAUCUCUGAUGGCCUUUCCUCUGGGCAUGGCUCUUACUCUCACUGUCCAGUUCUAUGACAAUAUCGGGGAAAAAUUCCAUGCCCAGAACACCCAGCUUUACCUGGCUUUGAACAGAGAUGACCUGCUUCUAAUCAGACCGGGAACUAGGAAUUACACGUAUGUGGCUCAGGCUGUGAACAGAGGAGUGACAGUGUUGGGAAUCUGGGAUGAGAAGCACCCAGGCAUGGCUGACUAUGUCCACGUGUCUGUAGAGCAUGCCAUCCAGCCGGAGCUCUCCAAGCCCAUUGCAGUAGGAGAUGUGAUCUGUUUCAGCACACCCCUGGUCAGCCACGAAGGUGAACCUGGGCUGUGGCAGGUCUCCCCCACUGGCAUUCUUCAGACAGACCCUGUGAGUGGAGCAGCGUUUGUGAAGAAUGCUGGGACAGCUACAAUCUUCCAUGACAUCCCAGGGAUAGUGAAAACAUACAGAGAGGUAGUUGUCAAUGGUUCAACAAGAUUAAGCCUCACCCUUGGUCCCAAAAGCUACCUAACCAAUACUCUUAACUCAUCUGAAUUCUGGGUCUUUGUUGCCACAGGCAGUGCAGGAGCAAGCCUCAGAGGCCCAUGCAGCCCUUCUCAGGUUUAUGCAGUCACUCAUCUGCUUCGCCCAGAGUCUCACCUGCUGUGUCAAGUUGAGUUCAGCAGCACAGUGCUGGAUAUUCCAGCCAGUAAAGUCUUUCACAUCCAGCCGCACUUCAGUAUUGAAAAAGGUCUCUACGCCUGCGUCAUCACCGCUAAACCCCAGUCCGAUGAAGUCCUCCUGGCUUUGAGUUUUGCUGAGGCCUCUGUGUAUGUGAUGGUCUGUCUCUUCAGUGAACAAAGCAAGGAUGGAAUGCAAAGAAUCCUGGUUCCCUUCCUCCCUGCCUUUUACCUCAAUCAGUCAGAAGUGGUUUUUAGCAGCAAACUCCUCACUGGCAAGAUCAGAGUGCUGGGAGCUGAGCAAGUGUUAGAAAAGCUGGAGGUCCACCCCACCAGUCCUGUGAUCAUAGUGCGGCAGCCUGAACAUUCACCCAACAUGCCUGGGCUUGUCUCCUACCCAGUUAGCGUGGUCAAUCUCACAUCUCUCCAGCAGAUGGCAGCCCCCAUCUACAUCAAUGUCUCUUGUGUCCUCACAGGCCAAAGAGUUACAGUAUCAGUGAGAGUGGUGGCAGAACCGCCUGUGCUCAGUCAGUGCAGUGAAGCAGGAAUUGUCCAACAGCUUAUAGGCUCUUACCAGAUCCUUCUCUUCACCCUCUUUGCUGUUCUAGCAUCAACCACCGUCAUCUUUCUCACAUACAAUGCCUUUCUCACCAGAGUGCAGAAUGUACCUGUUGUGUACGUGCCUACCUCAGCUACACCUCAGACAGGGUAUUCCUAUCCUCCUGUUGGUCCUCAGCAGCCCAAUGGAAGAAACAGGACACAGCUGUGGCUUUGGAGUGUACGGAGAAGACAUUUUUGAAGGCCUUGCCUUUUUGUACUUUAAUAAAUGUCUGUGAAGUGUGCUAAUGGAUCAUAGCACCUGCCUGUUUCUCUGGACUGACUCUAGACCCUUCCGGCCCCAGCAAUGAGCACUGGGCCAAGCCCCUCUGUUGGCAGACGCAGAGUAGGGUUCAUGCCAUUCUGAACAGAGCAGUGUGGUAGAAGACUCCCUCAUGGUAUGGGCUAGAAUAAAAUCCAGAAGCCACUCAGCUGUUUCAACUUUGACCCUUUUCAAGCUGUUAAGUGUACAGGAUGUUAAAUAUCGGUUAACUCAUCAACUCUUAUUGGUUACUCGACUGUUCUGUAGUCCCCACUGUGCUCUGGGCCCACUCCUGAGGAGCCCCCUGCCACUUUGUGCUGCUGCCUCAGUUUCAGAGGCAGCAGCUAGUCUGUGAGGGGAGCCAGGUUACAAACCAGCUCCUCUCAGACUGGCUACCUGUUGCCCUGCGUAUAGAGGCAGCAGUGCAGGGUGGCAGCAGCCCUGUCCAGGAGAAGCUCUGAGCUCCAAGACUUGGUGCAAGACAGGCGU